AUGGCGCCAACAAGGCGUAAAAAUAAAGCAAAAGGACGACGACCAACGGAUGGUACAGAGUCAACGUCGUCCACACGCAGUAGCUCAAGAUCAGAAAUAUUAGGGAAUAAUGACAAGGAUGAUAAUAAUACAAACCAACCUUCCAUAACAAGAAAUGCACAUACGGAAGAUUACUUCGAUUCAGAUGAAGAAGAAGGGGCAGUGAAUCGUACUGGCAGAGUACCACUAAAGUGGUACGACAAUGAAAACCAUAUUGGGUACACCGUAGAAGGACAGAAACUUAUCAAGGAACUAGAUUCAUCAGAAAUUGGAAAGUUACUAUUCCAAUCGGAAAACCCAGAUGCAUGGAGAACUAUUGUAGACGUAAGAAAUAACAGGACGGUCAGAUUAACGGAUGAUGAUCUCAAAAUAAUCAGCCGUAUACGCAAGGGGAUGUACCCACAGGAAAACUAUAACCAAGAGGAUCUUUAUAUAGAAUUUGAUAAUGAAGAUGCAAUACAUCCGGUAUCUUAUAAACCACCUAGGAAGGCGAAUUUCUUGCCAUCAAAGGCAGAAGCAGAAAAAAUCAAGAGGCUUGUUAAACUUAUCAAAGAAGGCAAAUUGGUAGUCAAACAGGAACCUGAAGAACCGAAAGAGGAACCUAUACAGGAUAUAUGGCAAGAAUCCAUAUAUCAGGUAGACCCAAAGACGGCAAGACGGGGGAGACAUCACGAUAUAACACCACCAAAAGUACCACUGCCAACACAUAGCGAGUCAUAUAACCCGCCGGAAGAGUAUCUAUUCGAUGAAAAGGAAAAACAAGAAUGGCUAGAUACUGACCCGGAAUACAGAACUAUAGACUAUAUACCACAAAAAUUCGAUUGUUUGAGAAAAGUGGGAUCAUAUGAAAAUCUCAUACUCGAACGGUUCCGACGCUGCCUACAGCUAUACCUAUGCCCUAGGGCAGUGAAGAUGAAGAUGGACGUAGACCCUGAGACCCUAUACCCGAAAUUACCAGAUAUCAAUACGCUAAGGCCGUUCCCGACCAAAUUGGCCGUGGAAUACCGUAUUGAGGGGACACAAAAGAUUGUAGCGGACGCCACGGGAUCAUGGGUAGCUCUUGCAUCAGCUAAUGCUAUUGCAAUAGCUAGUGUACUCAACGGACGGAUAGUCGAACGUGUAGAAGGUAUUGACGGCAUACUAGACAUCUGCUGGCACCCGAGGUACCCAAUUAUCAUUGUGGCGCACGCAAACACAAUAUCGUUCAUAGCCAUUAAACUGCCAAAUAUCAGGCAGAUGGCAGAAGAACCCAGCUCCAAAAAAACAAACAAUGAUGGACCACAAAAUGUCUACGAAAAGGCGCUGGAGUUGAUACGAUUGGAUAGCGAUGCCCAAGGAUGGCGAUUGGUAGCUUUCGGGCCACACCAAGGGAUAUCGGUGGACCACGUUGACGAAAUAUGCCAUAUAUCGGUACACCCACAGGGGAAUUACGUAGUGGCAGUGGCGCCGCAUAGCAGAGAGGCGGGGAACCAGUGUGUUAUAUACUGUAUAACGAAGAAAACGUUCAUACGCGUGGGAAACAAAAUGAAUAACAACGGGAUAAGAUUGGCAAUGUUCCACCCAAGUGAACCAAAAAUCAUACUGGGACUGAGGAAAGGCAUACGCCUAUACAAUCUAAAGGUCAAAAAUGAAAAACUAGAAAGUGAAGGGGGAAAACUAUCAGGAGUUGAUCUACCCGUGUCUAUGCACCUUAACAGGGAUGCGCAGAUCCUGGCAGUAGCGGACGAAAGUAGCAGAGUGUCGAUAUUUGAUCUUAACGUUGGGGCAUUCCCAUAUAAAAAGAUACAGUAUAACGGUGAGAAAAUUGUACAUGUCGAGUUUCACAAAACACUACCACUUCUGAUGAUCGCGUCUUCAACUGGAGUCGUGCACGUCAUCCAUGUCAGCGUCCCUGAUGACCUGUCUAAGGACCCCGUGAUUGUACCAGUGAAGGAUCUAAAAAUGUCAGAACUGACACACGCUAACUGGCACAACAUGGAACCAUGGCUUUUCACAGCAGAAACAAAACGGUCAUCAAUGUGGGCGUGA